GUGACGGUGAGUGCAGAUAACAGUUCGGUUUCUACUAGAACAGCUGCCACAAUAUCGCGAAAAAAGUCUUAUAAUAAAGUGUUUUAGUGAUUAUUUUAUGCUCUAAUCGGAUCGAUACUCGAAACGUAGCUGCAGCAGGACAGUACCAAGGAAUUCAAAACAGAGAAUGUUUUUGCAAAUUGAUUGAAUCCACGGUGUUCUAGUCAGGGUUCUAAAGUGAAAAGUAGCCUUGUGUUUAGUAAACAAACAGCUGUUCAAAGGGCAACGAUCGCAGCAAGAUGCUGUGCUACGAAGGCAAGCUGAGCCUGUACUGCUUUGUUAGUGCCGUUUUCAGCUUAGCUCUGCAAUGGGUUUUCUUCGAGUUGGACGUGUUCGCCGGAGAUGUUGGUUUCUGGGUCAAAGCCGGCUUUCUUGGGGCUUAUUAUCUAGUUCUGAAUGUUGCCAUCCGAUUGAAGUUUGUCACCAAAGAUUAUCAGAUUGCCGUGCGAGCAACAUUCUUAGGAGCUGUAUUUUCCCUGGGGGUACUCAUAUUCCAAAACUGCCCAGAAGAGUAUAAAUCAUUCGGAGUUUAUGUCACACUGAUGUCCGUAUUCCAUUAUUCGGAAUAUCUAGGAAUAGCAUUUUGCAAUCCUAAAACUCUUUCGCCGGACUCAUUCAUUCUGAACCACUCACUUCACUAUGCCUUGGCGGCAGCGGCCAGUUGGGUUGAGUAUUUCAUCGAGGUUUAUUUCUUCCCUGCUGGACUGUUGGCAGCCGCGGGGCAGCGGGACGCCGGCGACUGUGCUCGAUCGGAGAUGAUGGUGUUUCUUGGGAUCGUUGUUCACCACGUGGAACUGACAGCGUGGGGCGAUGAAAUUUUCACUUGCGGAUGA